UUUUGAUUGAAUAAUAAAGACACAAAUCUACCUCCAUACCAGUCCAGCAACAAGAAAACCCACCCUCCUUCAUCAAAUUCCCCUCACAGAUAUUUCCCACAAGUUGCACCUCGGCUGCAAUGAUGCAUUGAAGAGGCCUGCAGAAGUUGCUGACUGGUGCGUCACUGUAAAUCCUUCUGGAUGAGCUUUCAUGAUGACUUCAUUGCCAAGAAUGGGAUGGGCUGUUUUUUGCAUACUGCUGCUGUGGAAGAGACAGGCAGCUUCCACUAAAGAAAGACAAUGUUCUGUGACUCGAGUGGGGGCACAUCAUCCAGUUGAGGCUUUGCUGGAGAAGUUUGAAGCUGGUCCAGGCUGUGCUGCCCGAGAGAGUGGGGACAGGGAAACGCACGUCAUUGCAGUGGGGAGAAUUACUAGCAGCCCUGACAACACGAUCACAGUACUGUUGAAGCCUUUGUCUCUAAGCCAGUCGAUUUUAAGGAAAGUUACCUUAAUACUCAGCUCCAAGCAACCAGUAAACUGGAAGCUGGAAGCUGAGAGACUGCCCCCUGACCUUCCUGUUGUGGUGAAGGUAUCCUCAAACUCCAGCGUACAGUCCCCGAUGCUACGCUUGCUUGUCCGGCGGCUGCACUGGCUCCCUUUCCGUCAACGUGCGCUGUACCGAUGGGCUCUGAAACACCACGGCAACCUGUCCUCUUUGACACAUGUCACCCACGGAAAUCGAGUGUAUGUCCGACUAGGAGAGGAUCUGACGCAGCCUCAUGCAUGCCAUCUUAAGUCAGUGUUUCUCUCCAAUAACUACAUGACCUCAGACCUGCAACCACAGGACGUGCAAGGUUGCGAACAUUCAGUACCAAGUGAAACCGAUUCACAGGUUCAUGUGAUCAAACUACAUUCAGCAGGUUCGGCGCUCCAUCAAGCUAUUCUGUAUAACUCUCUUCAGGUGGAGGUGAUAGUUUCCCUCGUCCGUCCAUCGGACGGUUCUUUGGGUCAAAAUGUGGUGCUCAUUCUCAGCAGUUCGGUGCCAGUAAACUGGGCCAUUGUCGCUCAUGAUGUCCAAGGUCACAUCCUUAUUCAUUCGUCUAACAGUGUUUCCCCUCCUUACCCUCCUGAGACUGAACUGACUCUGACUACGACGUUAAUUCCGGAUCUGUCCAGCAUAGCGGACAUUCUUUUGUGGUCUGAAGAGAACGGCUACAAUGUGACCUCAUACACUGAGGCCGACCAGGCCAAUCGCUUUGUAAUUCGGCUGGCUGGGACCAGGACAGAUGCAGUGGCAACAAUGAUGCCCGUUACCAAGAGGCCUAAGUGGGCUCAUGAACAUCGCCUGAGAGGAUGGCUCAAUGGAGAUGGAGCUGACAGAGGUCGAGACAGUUUGACAGUGCAGUGUGAAAACGGACGCCUCAGUGUGGCAGUGGACCAACACACCCUGCAGAAUUUGUCCAUGCAUGUUUCUGCUGUAACUUUGCGGGACCCGGCAUGCCAGGCUCAGUUCAAUGGGAGUCAUUUCCUCUUGGUGUUCCCAGUCAUUUCCUGCGGGACCGAGGGACAGCUUCUGGGUACUAAAUGGGUGCAGUACAAAAACAGAGUGCUGUUAUGGAAAAGCAAGACUCACAUCAUGUUGCCACACAACAAGACUGAUUGGACAUCAGGAAGUUCACUUGGCAUCCAUUUCAGCUGUAUGGACGACGUCACCAGCCUGCCUCAACUAGGUCAUGAUAAUAAUGUCAGUACUUCCCAGGCACCCUGGGCUUCCUAUCCUGAUCCUGGACAGUUACAUUUUUCCGCACCCAGACACAAAUCUGGACCUUUGCUACUUUUGAAGCUUUUCAUCACUGAGAGCUACAAGCAUCGACAUGUCGGACCCUGUGUCAUCGUAGCAGACCAGCGUGUUUACGUUGAGAUUUCAGCCAUUGGACCCUUCAUAGACAAUGCUGAGGUGAAGUCAUGUGUUGUUUCUCCUCUGUCAGACCCCAAAAGCUCUCCUUUCUGGACAGUCAUAAGCAAUGCCUGUCCUGCAGACCCCUCAUUUACCUUUUUACAUGCAAAAGAUGAGAAAGAAACAGAAGAUAGUAAUGAGGAGGAGGAGGAAGAUACUGAAGACAGAAAUGAAGAUGAAAAAGCAUGCAAGAUCAGUGAAGAAGAAGACGAAGAUGAAGGUGUCUCCUUUCGUUCCAAGACCAGAAGAAAAGGAAGAGAAGGACCCAAGGGGAGCGAAACAAUGUUUUGGCCAUUAAGAUUUAGUUUUAAACUACGACCAGUCUACAACGUCUCAAUCCAGUUUCUCCACUGCAGCGUUCGUCUCUGUGUCUCUGACCAGGCAACAAAGGCAUCCGGAAAAAAGAGUGUCAAGAAAAAAUGUCCAGAUGGCAAACAUAUCCCUCCACAUGUGUCCAGGACACUUGGACAGCAGUGUGUGAUUCGAAACCUAUCCCGGCCCAUGGUGGUGACCCAACCGACAAACACAGUAAAACAUAAAGCACGGAAGCCCAUCACAAGCCUACAAACAAGGAGAGAAUCUUCUUUGCAGUCGGUGUAACGUCAGUGUGAUCGCCUGGUUGGGAUCCAUCUACAGUUAUACAGCCACACGGAUUUUCUUGGUGGCGCUGUAGGUCGACCCUGCGUUGGAAACUGUGGUGACAGAGGGGGCAGCUGAACAUUCGGUAGCCCUCGUGUUUCCGACUGUGGGUGAUGAGGUUGGAGCUUUGACUGAAUCCUCGACCGCACACCUUGCAUAUGUGUGGUUUCUCACCUGAGUGCAGAUAAAGUGGGCAAGUCACAUAUAACUGCAUAUCAGACACUACUACAAUAUACUGUACUAGUAAUCUAUCCUGACUACUCACCUGUGUGUAUAAAGGUAUGUUUCUUCAUGUCUGAUUUCUGGUGGAACCUUUUACCGCAAUAUUGGCAAGGGAAAGGCCUCGUGUCUGAGUGGAUGAGUAGAUGCGUGGACAGUGUAGAAGAGCGCUUGAACAUCUUUCCACACACCUUACAGCCAAAGUUUCGCGCCUGUUGUGCGGAAAAAGCAUGUAAACCAUGACUGUGCAUUAAACAUCCUUUCAGCAUAUUAUUACCUUUGCUCUGCUAUAACUCCCAAUUGCUGUGAAAGUCAUUGAGGACAUUUCUGUGUCUGGGGACCUCAUCAGAGGGAGAGGAAAGGUGUUUGUACUGAAAUGAGCCUGCAGAUUGACUUCUGAAAGAGACUGAGGGAAACGCUUAAUGUGGGUUAGGGGUUAUCAACCUUUUUAAAGAUGUCUCUUCUUUCAAAAUGAUUAAUAAGAAAGAGUUUUAAAGGGACUGACAAAACAGUAUAAAUGACUGAAACAUGGUAGACCGAAGUAUUUCAGAGUGCAAAUCUUAAAUUUCUAAGACCUUUGAUAGUGGAGAAAAUAAUGUUCAAACACAAAAAUAUUACACUGCUUACAAGUGCAGCUAUUUUGUGAUGUCAGCUAUACCCAUGCACAUAAAAUACUGAUAGACUCGAACAUAGCACACAUACUGUAUGUACGAAUGUAUGUGUAUAAAUAAUAUAUGUAUGUGUGUGUAUAUAUAUACAGUGCCUUGCAAAAGUAUUCGGCCCCCUU